AUGAACGGUGUCGAGCCCCGUCCGCACUUGCAAAAGAGCAGUAGUUCGAGAGGAAAUCAGCCCGGCUUUUCCCCUCUACAACCUCACCGAUGCCCUGUCGCUCGACGUCACCUCUCAGAUCUCAGCAGCACUGUGCAGAACGACAUGUACCCUCUUCUCGCCUGUAAUACAGCAUCACCGCGCCUCCCGGCCUCUCACUUUCCCUACGCAAGCGACUAUGGGUCUUCAGCCGCCACCAUACCGGUCAAUCUGUCUGCCUCGAACCCCUCGACCGCCCAUCCACAACGCUACAACGCCACUGCGAGACGCUGUUAA